CCAUGCCGCCGCUGCACUCCCUGGUGGUGGUCCUGCUGCUCGCCGCCUCCCUCGCCCACUCUUUGCCUCAGGAUGGCCCGAGCCGAAACUCAGACUUUACGUUUGCGGACAAGACGAUGGUGCUGGCCAGCAGGGUGUCAGGCCGUGACCUGACGCGACCUCGGCGACAAUCUUCGUCAAGCAGGCUCGUGGACUACCAAGGAGGCUCGGGAAAGCUGGAGUACAAGGACGAGAGAGACAUGGACGAGCCUGGGACUGACUCGGUUAGACUCACAUUAAAAAAUCGUGAAGUGGGUUGUCCUUGGGACGACUACCAUGUGUGUCUGAGUGGCCUUGUAAUUUGUCAUGUGGACGUGUGCGACGGCCAGGCGGACUGUCCGGAUGGGGACGACGAGCAGGACUGUGACACACACACACACACACACACAGAGUGCAGUAACGACAAGUUCCUUUGUGAUAACACCAAAUGCAUCCCGAAAGUCUGGCUCUGUGAUGGCGAAGAGGAUUGUGAGGACAAGACAGACGAACAGGACUGUUCAGAGCGCUGCCGGCACUGGGAGUUCAGGUGCCGGGAUGGUUCGUGUAUCAACCAACGAUUACGCUGCAACGGCCGCCGAGACUGCCGCGAUGGCUCCGACGAGUGGCAAUGCAGACGACAUUAGCCAUGGCACCAUGGGCGGAACAGAUUUACGGAGGCCGAUCCUAACCUAAGGGAGGAGGCACUGCUGUAAGCCGAAAGCAACCCACCCAUCAGGACACUUGACGGAGAGGCACUACUUGACCCGACGGAGGCAGCGUGUGGAGGCAGGCGGGGAGGCCCUGGGAAGAUGAUGAACCGCUCUGUAGUGUCCGGUGUAGCGGACCAGAAGCUACCCCGGAGGAUAAAUUCCCAAAGCAACACCAAUUACUGACUCCUUAAGGCACAAAACUCUAAACAAGACACAUCUGUGCGGCCUGCAGUGCUUAAGGUGUUUCCCAGGCUGUAUAACGCAGUCAGUCAGGCAAUCAGUCCUCAGUUCACUCAGCGUCAGGGUACAGUGUACUCACAAAGUGUAUACACUGUAACAUGAGUCUCUGCGGACUGGACGCGAUGGCCCAACGUUUUAUUCAUUUCUCGGCUGCGUGUUGCACAACUAGACUAGCUACAUCUUUGAGGUCUGCGGGGUUCAGGAGAUAUGAAAGUGGGAGCGGGCUAUUUUGUAUCUUAUUGAGCUGCCUCCUUUGCUAUGAAAUAAUCUUUAUCAACACCCGCCGUCUGCAGCUCUGGGGCGUGGUGGGCUGCGCAUGAGCAAGUUUUAGUGUUGGAACUUCUUGUCCGCCACACCGGUUGUAGCAUUUUGAGUGACCUAAGAAGGAUCAUGUUUGGGGGCCAGUCGUGUACUCCGUCCUGUAUUUAUUGGGGUAAUUGCAUGAUACAAAACUGUCACAUGUCAAUAGAAUAACGAUUUUUCAUGCAAUGAACUGAGGGUUCCCUGCUUCCCUGGGUUUUCAAAUGAUUCUGUCCUCUUUCAGAACUUUAUAAUUUUUUACUAGACACUUUGCAGGAGCAGCGUCAGCUGGCUUUUUGUUACUUUUCUUCCCCCUGAGCUGCUUCCUUUCCUUAUAAAAAACAGAGAAGCAAGUGGGUGCUUGCGGCCCUUACACUAGCCACCUUCUGUUUU